AUGAACCACUCUCCAGAGGAACUUCGAAGAAGAACUUUGCAGAGGAAAAAGUCUUCCGGGGAACUUCGAAGCGCAGCCAGUCUCCAGAGGAAUUUCGCUGAGGAACUUCGCAGAGGAUCCAGUCUCCAGAGGACCUUUGAAGAGGAACCAGUCUCUGAAGGAACUUCCCAGUGGAACUUCGCAGAAGAAUUUCGAAGAGAGGAAAGUAUUCAGGGGAACUUCGAAGUGGAAGAAGUCUCCAGAGGAACUUUGCAGAGGAACUUCGAGGAGCGACCAGUCUCCAGAGAAUUUUCGCUGAGGAACUUCGGAGAGGAACCAGUCUCCAGAGAAGAGGAACUUUGCAGGGGAAAAAGUCUUCAGGGGAACUUCGAAGUGGAACCAGUUUCCAGAGGAACUUCGAGGAGAAACCAGUCUCCAGAGAACAUCGAAGAAGAACAUAGAAGAAGGAACUUCGAAGAGGAACCAGUCCUCAAAGGAACUUUGCAGGGGAACUUCGAAGAGAAACCACUCUCCAGAGGAGCUUCGAAGAGGGACCAGUAUCCAGAGGAACUUCACAGAGGAAUCAGUCUCCACAGGAACUUCGAAGAGGAACUUUGCAGAGGAAAGUCUUCAGGGGAACUCCGCAGAGAAACUCGGAGAGGAACCAGUCUCCUGAGGAACUUCGAAGUGGAACUUCGCAGUGAAACCAGUCUCCAGAGGAACUUGCAAGAGGAACUUUGGAGAGGAACUUCGCUUAGGACCAGUCUCCCGAGGAACUUCGCAAAGGGGCCAGUCUCCAGAGGGACUUUGAAGAGGAACUUCGAAGAGGAACCAGUUUCCAGAGGUACUUCGAAGAAGAACUUUGUCGAGGAACCAGUCUCCAGCAGCACUUCAAAGGAAGCGGAUGAGGAAAGCCUUCAGAGGAACUUUGCAGAGGAAAGCCUUCAGAGGAACUUUGCAGAGGAAAGCCUUCAGAGGAACUUCGCAGAGAAACUUCGGAGAGGAACGAGUCUCCAGAAGAACUUCGAAGAGGAACUUCGAAGAGGAACCAUUCUCCAGAGGAACGUCGAAGAAGGAACUUCGAAGACAAAACACUCUCCAGAGGAAUUUCGUGGAGGAACUUCGCAGGGUCUUCAGAGGAACUUCACUGGGGAACCUGUCACCAGCAGAACUCUAAAGAGGAACCAGUCUCCAGAGGAACUUCCCCAAGAAACUUCGCGGAGGAACUUCACAAAGGAAUUUCAAAGAGGAACUUCGCAGAGGAACCAGUCUUCGGAGGAACUUAGAAGAGAAAUCAGUCCCAGAGGAACUUUGAAGAGGAACUUCCAAGAGGGACCAGUCUCCAGAGGAAUAUCGUGGAGGAACUCUGCAAGGUCUUCACAGAAAAUUUACUGGGGAACCAGUCACCAGCGGAACUUCGAAGAAAGGAAUGUGGAAAGGGAACCAGUCUCCAUAGGAACUCCUCAGAGGAACGUCGAAGACGAACUUUCAAGAGCAAGCAGUCUCCAGAGGAACUUCGAAGAUAAACCAGUCUCAAGAGAAAGUGAAGAGGAACUUCGAAGAGGAACCAGUCUGCAGAGGAACCUCGAAAAGGAAUUCGCAGAGCAACCAGUCUCUAGGGGAACUUCACUAAGGAACUUUGCAGAGAAACUUUACAGAGAAACCAGUCUCCAGAGGAACUUCGAAGAGGAACCACUCUCCAGAGGAACUUUGAAGAGGAACUUUGCAGAGGAACCAGUCUCCACAGGAACUACUUCGCAGAGAAACCAGUCUCCAGAGGAACUUGAAGAUGAAACUCGCAGAGGAACUUCACAGAGAAACCAGUCUCAACAGGAAGUUCAAAGAGGGACUUCGCAGAGGAAUCAAUCUGCAGAGGAACUCUGCAGAGGAACUUUGACGAAGAACUUCGCUAAGGAACCAGUCUCCCGAGGAACUUCGGAGAGGAACUUUGUAGAGGAGCUUCAAAGAGGAAAGGAACCAGUCGCUAGAGGGAUUUCGCAGAGGAACCUGGAAGAUGAACCAAUCUCUCAAGGAAAUUUGCAGGGGAACCAGUCUCUAGAGGAAGUUUCCAGAGGAACUUUGAAGAGGAACUUCGCAGAGGAAUCAGUCUCCAGAGGAACUUCGAAGAGGUGCUUUGAAGUGGAACCUCGAAGAGGAACUUGUCAGAUAACAUUCGUAGAGGGAUUCCGAAGAGGAACUUUGCAGAGGCACUUUGUAGAGGAACAUGACUUCAGAGGAACUUCGAGGAGGAACGUCACAAAGGAACUUCGAAGAGGAACUUUGCAGAGAAACUUUACAGAGAAACCAGUCUCCAGAGGAACUUCGAAGAGGAACUUUACAGAGGAACUAGUCUCUAGAGCAACAAGAGGAACCAGCCUCCAAAGGAACUUCACUGAGGCACCUCGCAGAUGA